AUGCCGCCCGAUCCAAUAGUAGACGACGAAGAGUACGAGUCCUCCCAGGACUCCGACUUCGCGCCCGAGAACGCUGUCGCAGCCGAUGGCGGCUCCGAGGCGUCCGACUCCGAAGCCGACGGCGAAGACGCCGCAACGAAGACCAAGACCACCAAACGCAAGCGCGAUGCUGACGGCAAUGAAGCUGAAGAUGCGGGCUUUGAAAACUCGGGCGAUGAGGCGCUGAUAAAGAAGGCGAAGAAGAAGAAGCGCAGGAAGGCCAAGGAUGCAGAUGCCGCCCCGGACGAGGAGGACGAGGGAGGCGAAGGAGGGCUGGUCAAGACGCGGAGCAUGCGCGCUGCAGAAAAGGAGGAACGCAAGACUGCGGCCGCGUCCGGCCCGGUGACGGUCGACGUCGACGCCAUCUGGGCACAAAUGCUCGCGGGCCAAACGGCGACACCGCCGACCACCGAGGAGAAGACCGCAGAAGAGGCCGCUCCUCUAGUAUCGAAACAGACCGGUGCCGAAGUCGACGCCCCAAAGCCAGACGAGGCCCAGGGAGGCGACCCCUCGGAGAUGAUACGCAUCAAACGAACCUACAACUUCGCCGGCAAGGUCCACACGGAAGAGAAACUCGUAGCGCGCUCGUCGGCUGAGGCAAAGCUAUACCUCGCCUCCCUUGGCAAAGACGCACCCCCCGACGCCGCCGCUGUCGCGGGCGCCGAGAACGAGGAACCCAAGCGCGUCCUCAAGAAGGCGUUCCGCUCGGUGUUUGAGCCUAUCAUCGAGGUCGUCAACCAGCGGUCCGACCUGAACCUCGGCAUGACGGUGCGGAUCAAGGCGCGCGAGAAGGAGGCGCAGGCCAAGAAGCUCAACACGGUCGAAAAGAGCAAGAUGGACUGGGCCGGGUUCGUCGACAAGGAGGGGCUCAAGGACGAGCUCGAGCUCGCGGGCAGAGCCAAGGGGUCGUACGCCGAGAGGCAGGACUUUUUGGCGCGCAGCGAGGCCAAGAGGGAGGAGGAGGCCCGGCGCGCAAGGUUGGCUGGCCGCGUGCUCUAA